AUGGGACACGCUCGGAAGGGCCUAGUCCUCGGGAUUCUCCUCACUACUGCCAUUGGCUCAGGAAUCGUCGCCCUGAUCCUUGUCAUUGUGGAAACCAGAGAUGUGUACCUGCCCCCAGAGACCAAGUACGGGAUGGUGUUUGACGCCGGCUCCUCGCACACAGCUCUCUUUGUCUACCGGUGGCCGGCGGGCAAGGAGAACGACACGGGCAUCGUCAGCCAGGCCCUGGCCUGCUCCGUGAAAGGCCCUGGGAUUUCUUAUUACAGGGAAGAGCCCACGCAAGCCGGAGAGAGUCUGAGAGACUGCAUGCGAGAGGCCCUGGGGCUCAUCCCCGACCACCUCCAACGGGGGACCCCCACAUUUCUGGGGGCUACGGCGGGCAUGAGGCUGCUGAGGCUGCAGAACAGCUCCCAGGCGGAUCGGCUGUUCGAGGAAAUCUCCAAGACGCUGAGGCAGUUCCCAGUGGAUUUCCGGGGCGCCCAGCUCCUGACGGGGAAUGAGGAGGGCGCCUUUGGCUGGAUCACCAUCAACUAUCUGCUGGAGUCUCUGGUCAAGUAUUCCUUCGCAGGGAAGUGGAUGCCUCCGACGGCGGCAGAGCUAGUGGGGUCCCUGGAUCUGGGAGGAGCCUCGACGCAGAUCACCUUCCGGCCUCAGAGCCCCAGCGGGGACCCCAGCACCCAGGAGGAUUUCCGCCUCUACGGGGGCAACUACACUGUUUACACUCACAGCUACCUCUGCUACGGGCGAGACCAGGCCUUGAAGAUGCUCCAGGCUCACCUGGUGCAGGCCAGUAACUCCAGCAGGGUGGACCACCCGUGUUACCCCAGUGGCUUCCAAGAGACCCUCCUCCUGGAAGGCCUGUACGACUCUCCAUGCGCCAGACCCCCGAAGGCCUAUAACCCCCAAAGCGAAAUCCUCCUCCGCGGAACGGGGGACCCCGAGGCCUGCUUCUCCGCCGUCCGAACAAUCUUCAACUUCUCCUCCUGUGGGGGACGCAAGGACUGUGGCUUCAAUGGCGUCUUCCAGCCCGCGGUGUCUGGCCACUUCUAUGCAUUUUCAGCUUUCUAUUACACCUUCGAUUUCCUGAAUCUGACCAAAGGCCAGUCCCUGAGCGUCACCAAUGCCACCGUCUGGGAAUUCUGCAAGAGGAACUGGGACGAGAUGGAGUUGAGUUACCCAGACCAGAAGAAGUGGCUGCAUAAUUACUGCCCCACAGCUGUCUACAUUCUAACCCUGCUGAUGGAUGGAUACAAGUUCACCAGUGAAUCCUGGUCCACCAUUAGCUUUUGCAAACAGGCCGCAGACACGGACAUCGGCUGGAGCCUGGGCUACAUGCUGAACCUCACCAACAUGAUCCCCUCCGAAGAGCCAGCCGGGAGCCGGGCCCAAAACCGUGACGUCUGGAUCGCGGCCGUCUUCUUCGUGGUGUUGGCCGUCUCCCUGACCACCGGAGCUCUCGCCGUUCAGUAUUUCGGCCUUCCCGCUUAGGCGACGGACGGGAGUCGGGCAGAACAGGGCGAGGGAGACGGGGCGAGGACGGGCAGCUCUUUGGCCACCAUCCCCCGUUGGGCCAGAUGAACCCUACUGUUAAACUUGGGUUGAAGGAAGACUUUGUGGGAGCAAACGAACUCCGCAGUAAAGACCGGGAAUUGGAUUGUUCCUUCUUUUUGGUGGUGGAUAGGAUUUUUGGAAAAAGGCCCUUGAGGGGAAUGAC